UUUUGUAAAUUUUAUAGAAAAUCAAAUAAAAUUCAUUUUACACUAUUUAAUUAACAUUGUGACUAUAAUUAUUAGAUUACAAAGUAUUUAAAUUUGUAUUUUAUUGGCUAUAUAAAAACGUAAUUGAUGUUUUUCCAAUAAUGGAACAUAUUCGGCAAUUUGACUGGUGUAUGUCACAGAGAGACUUUCAGUUCAUAACUGAGGAUGAGGUGGACAAUUGUGUGACCGAGAGGAUACUGAGAAAUAAGUUCCAUGACCCCCUGGUCUCCAGUGACUCGGAGAAUGAUACUCAUCACAAUAGAUUCGACUGGGAUCAAAUAUUUAAAAGAAAUCAUUUUGAGCAGCGUCAAUUGCGGCUGUAUGUUGCAGGGAUACGACCCAUAGCGCAACACCUGAAAUUAUCUGCUUUAUCGACCCAUCAGCACUAUCAGUGCCUCAAAGUGUUAUGUUCACAAAACCCUCAUGUGUUGGACGAACAAUUCAUACCACGACCUACGAAACAGGACCACAGGGUGUUCCGAGAAUUGAAGGAGAUAUAUGAAAAAGAACAAAAGGAAUACAUAGAAUGGGCCAAAACUCAAUGGACCAAUAACCACUGCUCCCGGGCUUUACGGCCCAAACCCCCGAUCGAGAUGGUGUACGAAGCAGAGUUCAAAUUGAAAGUGCAUGAACUGCAAUCAUUGCCAAAAGAUUAUGAGAUGGUCGCGCAAAUUCCACUGGAAGGAAGUCAACAUAAAUGUAAUUUAGUAUUCAAUAAAGAUCUCAAAAGUGUAAAUAUUUCAGAGUUGCCACUACUGGAGUAUUCAGAAGUGCUACACAAAAAGACUACAGUAUUAAGGCCGUACCCAGUGCCAGAGCCUUGUAACAAGCACCCGUGCCGAUUCGUACUACCAAACGAAGAAUCCCAGACUAUGCUGCCGCUCCGUGAGGUGUACCUGUCGCUGGCGCAAUGGGCAGCGGCGUCCGGGACUCCGCUGGUGGCCAGUGAACCCGCACUGUGCUGUCUGCUGGGUAGUGGUCGCUGGAGGAUUCCAAUCUCUGUCUGCUCAGCUAUUGGACAAGAUGGCGAAAAUUGCAACGUAAUCAUAUUGGACAGCGAGUUUACCUUAGUUCGCGAGGCAGCGCAGACACGUACAUAUAAGGCGUUACGGCAUCUAUUAGAAAAUACACUUUUACCAAUGAAAAAUAAUAAUGUGAAUAAAAAUGAUUUAAACAAAACGAAAAAUCCAAGCAACGACAAUAACAAGAGCAGAAAAUCCAGUCUUAUGGCCAGUUUAUUUGAUGUUGACUCAAGUAGUGAUGAUGAUGAUGUUCUGUUUAUUGAUGAACCAGUAAAUAACCCACAGAGUAACUAUACGUCAGGUUCAGAUACAGAAAUGCUAGUUAAGCAAAAGUCUAAUAAUGUAAAGAAAAAGCCAAGUAAUGAGACACACUGUAAGAAAAACAAAGAACGCAAUGACAAAGUUGACAGUGUAGGAUUCUACAAUUGCACGUGUAAAGAUACAGAUUUUGCUAGAAUCUCACCGAGGUCGUUUAGAAAGUGGCAGAUUAAAAAUGGCAACACCAGAGAGACGGUGGACUUCAUCAUACACUGUACACAUAGAGUGAGGGAUGAAACUGGCGAAGUGGUCCUAGAACCGAUACCGGAGUACCAGAUCGAGCUGGGCGGCAGUAGUCAGUCGCAGGACAAAAUCAGAAAUUUAGCAUUGUCGCUGUUACUGCGAAGAAACGCUUCGUUGCUGAAUGUAAGAAUAGACGCGCCCACAGGCGAAAUAGUAACCAUAGACAACGUAACGCUGGACCAGUUAACGACAGGCAAUGAUGUACUCUCUGAGGCUGCCAACAGGAUAUACACAGUACUGAACCAGCUCCAAGGUCUAAUGCCUGGAUAUUACAUCCUUGAGCAUGAGCCGGUUCACGGGCUCAACGCGCUGCUAUACAAGAGUAGCUCGUGCGGGCCGCCGCCAGCGGGGGUGCAGGCCCUGCAGCUGCAGUUUGGAGGAGCGACGGCGGCCGAAGCGGACGAGUCCGCAGCCUUGCGUCUCGCGCCUACACUCGCGCCGGUCCUACUGCCUUACCAUAAGUUCCGACGUAUCCUGCCGUGCGCGUUCACACACAACCCUGAUCAGCUGAGUCGCGAGCCGCGCCGCCCCCCCGCACGACAACGGACGCCCCCGCAAGCGAUCAAGUUGGACGAAAAGGAGCAGAGGCGCGCAGGUCAAAAGGUAUCGCCGUCAAUCUGCAUUACUUUACUCGAAAUCCUUUGGAAAUGGUGAUAUUUGUGUCCAGAAACAUUGGUAACAUCUUUAAAUGUUUGCCCCGUGUCGAUGGUCGGUUAUGAACGCUUUUAUGUUGGACUAUCUUUGUAUCGUGACAAUAUACCCUACAAGUAGUUCAGAUUGCACUCGUGUAGGCUCGAAAUUUGUAUGAGAUACAUAUAUUCUCACGGCAAUGAUACUUUAAUGUGGUUCUGUAAUUCAAAUAAAUUCUUAUUUCUGAUUCAGUCAGUGAUAUUUAUUUAUACUUACACACAAACAAAAUAAUUGCAGAUUUUAAUAAAUAAUUUGGUAGAUAAAAGAAUUUUAGAACUAUUUGAAAUUGAAGGGACUUUUGAACAAACUAAAAAUACAUGACUGUCCCAUUCUACCCUCAAACUAAUACUAAUACACUUCACCAAUGAGCAAAUUACUUUAGCCGCACUAUCUAAUGGAUCUGCUAAAACAUUAUGUAUGCCAUCAACGACGAAUAUUAAUUUUAUGGUAUUUUAUGUGAUUAUGAAAUCAGUAUUCUCAGUAACUGUGGUUAAUGUUUGAAAUAAAUUAUGCUUUUUCUCUACUAAUCAACCGUAGAAGUUUUGAUAUAUUUAUUUAUACCAAAGAUUAGGAUGAUAAAUAUUUAAAUUGUUAUUAUAAAUACAAAUAUUGGCUCAAAUUUAAUAACAUAAAAUGCAUAAUUACGUUUAUCUACCAUAUUAUGUGAAAAUCCAAUCGAAGAGCAUUGCUUCACGCCUAAUAAAGAUUACCUAACAAAAACAUUUCAGUGAAAACCACAGACUAUAAUAAAUCAUAAUUCAUUAUGAUAAUCAUAAUAAUAAUACAUAUAUAUUUUAGGUUAGAUGUAACGUCACAAUAGGACGCCAUAAUAAGGAAUACAAAUUUGAAAUAGAUAUUUUUUACUCCAAAUUUAAAUCAGAUUUAUUUGUUUUAUUUAUUUUUAACAAUAAUAGAAUCGAUGAGUUCAAAUCUAUUGUCUUUUUGCAAAAUGAUCAUAAAUAUAUACAUAAACACUUAAUACACUACUGGGGCCAAAAAUUGAUUCCUAAUGAAUACAUUAUCUACCUUUACACGUACGCUCUCUCAUAUGCGAAUAUGCUUUCACAUAAUACACCGCGAUCCGCCAGCUGACACACUCCCGCGUUCUACAAUCGUGCUUUACUGCCUUUUAGCAAUAAUUAAUUAUCAUUUCAAAAUGGCGGACAUCUGACUAUAGAGUAGAAACAUAAUUAUAGUUUUUAGUCAUUUAUAAAAAAAAUUAAGUGUCUUUGGAAAAAACUUUGGAAUCGCGAGCUGCCGGUGCGCGCACGUCAUUUCUCGUACGCUUUCUCUGCGCACUCUUUACUGCGCCAUAACCAAUUCGCGUGUGAAGGAACGUACGUAUGUGUAUAUAUAUAUAAGUGCCUUUAAGAGCAACAAAUUCUGAUUUUGUAAAUUCAAAGGAGAGCUUGCAUCUUUGCGUAAUGUAAUAGUAUAAUGUAGAAUAUAGGAAUAUUUUUUUUCGUUUUAAUAUUAAUUAAAAUAUUAUACAUAAGUCACAAAGAGAGGUCCAUUCUUCGAUUUUAAAAGUCUCACAUAAAGUGCACGUCAUAAGAAAUUAUUUCUUUAUAAGUGCAUUGUGUUUAUUUCGUUAUUCUGUUCAAUUUUCUCUCCGACAUCGUUCUAUUCCCUUUCACUCGCUGUUUUACUUCAUCUAAUACCACACGAAUAGUGUAUGUAUUAUGUAUUUUUAAUACAUAACACACGUACACGGUAAAAUAAUAUUCAUGAAUUUUAUAAUUAUAAUCUAUAACUACCUCUACGCGGACUCCUUAAUUACCAUCGUGAUAAAUCGUCAAUUCGUGUCACAGCUUCAUCUGAUUUCAUUCCUUCAUCCUUCACUGGCACCCCAUACCAUUAAUACAUGAUAAGUCGUACCACAAAAACUAUAGUUAUAUAAAUAGGCUAGCUAUGUUUGAAUUAUUUGAGCGAAAAUAAGCGACUAUCGACACGGCAGUAGUAAUUUAAAUGUCUGAAAUCCCAAACUAGAUACAUUCAUGAUUUUCUAAAUGUGCAACUAGUUUUAUAGAUCUGAAUACAUGUACUUAAACGAAAUGGGUUCAAAUCCCACUUCAAACAAAAUAACUUUUAUAUAUAUUUUCCCAAAAACAAAACGAUUUAUGAAAUGAAAUAUUUUAUCGUUAUUUUAUGGGAAAACCGGUUCAGCAGUGGACAGUGAUGACAAAUAUGCAAAUGCUAAAAUGAUGAUAAUAACAUGAUUUUAGUACGUCGCAUCUCUGCUCAGAAAGAGUAACAAUUAAAGACAAUAUUAAAAUUUAUUUUUUUAUUUAUUUAACUUGUUUUAGAAUUCAUUAUACUUUUAGCUCAGUUUUUAUUUAGCUUAUUUAUCAGAAAUGUGAAAAAUAAAUUAGAACAUUUGAAACGUCUUUCACUGGCGAAAUUGGUGUUUUAUUUUUUUGUAACACUAUUUGAGAGGAGAUGCGAUGUUGCAUUUCUUUGUUUUGUUCUUUGUUGAUCUUCUGUCGAGUAAAUAUUUGUAAUCAUGAAUGUACCUCAAAAAUUACUGAAUACCGAUUAUUAGUUUUCAAAUACUAAAAUAACUAUUGAAUAAUACAAUCAACUGAAAUAUAUGAAUCUGUAAAUCUUUUUUGGUAUACACAAGGUAACAUUAGCUGGAUUGACAUAAUUUUUAAGGUCUACCUAAUAAGAAAUACAUAAGUAAGUAAAGCUAUUGUUUGUUUGCCCUGUCUGUCUGUCUGUACAUUAAAUUAUAUUGUUGAUUGUAUUUAUAUAUUAGACCAAUCAAUUGAUUGUUUACAAUAA